UGGUCUUCCAAGAUGGCCGCGCCCUCUCGCGGUCAGCGGGGCCAGUUGAAAAGACGAGCCGCAGAUUCGAAGUGACGACUUGAGACGCCGCCAGAGGAGCUUUCGGGUCAAACCUGUCGCUUCUUGAGCCCCGCAGACAUGAGCGACAACAACUUUAUCCUCCCCAAAGACUUUCCUGAGCUGAAGAACGAUACGUUCCUGCGAGCGGCGCGAGGAGAAGAACCCGAACACGUCCCAGUCUGGUGCAUGAGACAGGCCGGGAGGUAUUUGCCAGAGUUCCGCGAGAUCAGAGCUGGGAAGGACUUUUUUGACACAUGUAGGUCUCCUGAAAACUGCUGUGAGCUCACCCUGCAGCCUUUGAGGCGUUUUCCCUUCGAUGCUUCCAUCAUCUUCUCUGACAUCCUGGUCAUCCCACAGGCCAUGGGAAUGGAAGUCCAGAUGCUGACCGGCAAAGGCCCGACGUUCACCGACCCGCUGAAGGAACCCGAGGACCUGCAGCGCCUCCGGGCCAAGGUGGACGUCAGCAAAGAGCUGGACUACGUCUUCAAAGCCAUCACUCUGACCAGACACAAGAUCGAAGGGAAGGUGCCGCUCAUCGGCUUCACGGGCGCGCCGUGGACCCUGAUGUCGUACAUGAUCGAAGGCGGCGGCUCCACCACCCACUCCAAAGCCAAGCGCUGGCUGUACCGCCACCCGGACUCCAGCCACAUGCUGCUGAAGAUGCUGGCCGACGUGAUCGUGGAGUACCUGGUGGGACAGGUGGCGGCCGGAGCGCAGGCCCUGCAGGUGUUCGAGUCGCACGCCGGCAUCCUGGGCCCCGUGGAGUUCAGGGAGUUCUCCCUGCCGUACCUGCGAGACAUCGCUCGCCGCGUCAAGGACAGACUUAAGGAGAAGGGACAGGAUGUUCCGAUGAUUGUGUUUGCGAAGGAUGCUCACUACGCCUUGGAAGAGCUUUCUGAGUCUCACUACGAAGUGGUGAGCUUGGACUGGACCAUUGACCCUCGAUCAGCAAGGGAUCGCACUGGAGGGAAGGUCAGCCUGCAGGGAAACAUGGACCCUUGUGCUCUGUAUGCACCCAAGGAGCAGAUUUCGGACACCGUGAGGAAGAUGCUGGAGGGUUUCGGAACCAGGGGCUACAUCGCCAACCUCGGCCACGGCCUGUACCCCGACAUGGACCCGGAGAACAUCGGCGCCUUCGUCGACGCCGUGCACCAGCACUCUAAGCUUCUGAUCAAGCAGAAAUGAGGACAGGAAUAGAGGAUGUACACUGCUGACGAUGUAGAAAAGAAUGCGUUGUUUAAAUCAUGUAUGUGUUUUAGUUUUUGUUUUUUUUAAUACAGAUUAUCACCCCGAAA